AUGGCAGACAUCCUUCCCCACCAAGUCCUUCCUGUUUUCGAAAGUGCUCACACCGAGCCCAGAGCGGACCCUGCCCAGUUCGUUUCGAUUGCAACGCCCCCUGUUGUUGACCUCGAGCUCGCGGACGUGGUCUUGGAUCCUUUAAUCGAGACCUCGCAUCCUCUCCAGCUGGAUUUGUUGGAGAAGGAAGAGCAGCCGCUCGUCCUGCAAGAGUUGUCGGCCCUUGACGCUGAUGGCGAGAUCCAACACGAGCUCCAAGAUCACUCGCCUGAAGACCCUCCGCAGCCCGUUGACGAGACUCCGUUCGAGUCCGGAAUCGCGACCCAGUCGCAGACAGCUCUUGAGAUCCGCGCCGACAUCUCUGCUCUCUCCGAGGCGCCUGUCGAAGCUCACGAGCCAGCGGUGCUGCCCGAGCAUCACGUCCCUGCUGCUGCCGAAGAGUCUACGUCUGCCCCGCUGUCGGACCCAGAGCCAAAGCCAACGUCGGUGGAGUCUCUGGCCAGCAGCACCGCCGAGACGGCGAAGCCGGCCAAGCGUCCCUCGGUUGUCGUGCCGCUGCAUGCGGCCGACGAGCCCGCCCGUAAUGGUGUCAAGACACCCACCCACAUGAUGCCGACUCUGAAGAGCCCCAAGAAGGCCCUGACCAGCAAGUCUUCGCCCAGCAAGUCUUCGCCCGGCAAGUCUUCGCCCGGCAAGUCUUCGCCCGGCAAGUCUUCGAAUGCCGCAAAACUCACCAAUGGCGACAAGGCCGUUCCCCAGGCUGCCAAGCCCAGGUCUCACGACUUGGUCGUUGCCCGGCUCUCGGUCGCCCGAAAGUCUGUGGCUGCUGGCGAGACCCCAAAGCCAAAGGAGGAAGCCAGACCCAAGACGCUCAAAGCUGCGACUCCAAAGCCAGUGUCGAGUCCGGCCAAGCCGACGUCGUCGUCUUCGUUAGGCAGUCCGGCUGCAGCCAAGCCCCGGAGCCCUGCCUCCCGAGUCAAGGCGACUCCCGAGAGCAAGCCCAAGGCGACUCCCGAAACCAAGCCCAAGUCGACUCUGGAAACCAAGCCCAAGUCGACUCUGGAGAGCAAGCCCAAAACGAGAAGCCCAGCCUCUUCGAGCCCUGCCACCCCCAAGAAGACCAUCGCUUCGUCGGUCUCAGCCCCGGCCAAGAAGCCCACCGUCUCGACUCCUCCCUCUGCUCCCAAGACUCUUGCCAAACCCACCCGACCGCCGGUCUCGAGCCCCGCCCGAGGCUCCACCUUCGGAGGGUCUAAAAAACCCGUCAAGUCCAGCGCCCCUCCCGCCCCGGUUGUUGACCAUGAGCGUGAGAACUCUCUGCUCAAAAUUCAAAUCGAAAAGCUCAAGCUGGAGAAUGCCGCGCUGUUGAAGAAAAUCGAGCUCAAGACGCGCUGGAUGAGCACCACACCAAGUCCCAAGAUCCCUGGGUUGGCUUCAUUCCUGCAAUACAUUCGCCAUGUGUUCGAUGGAGACAUGUUGGAGAAACAGCUGUACUUCAGCCUGACCCAGCGACGGCGGUUCAAGCGACUCGAUCUCCAGGUGUGCUCACAUUGUCGGGAAGCCAAGCGACUCGAGAAGGUCGAGCAUCUUGAUAUCGAGAACCCACACUUUGUCCGGAGCUGUGCAAACUGCCAUACGCUGUGGGAUCGAGACAUCAAUGCCUUACGGAACAUGAUCUCGGAGUGCAAUGCCAUGGCCUACCCGCUGGGCCUACAAGUCAGUCAGCGGGUUCAGACAUCUGAAGCCAGAAAGUGA